AUGGCAACCACUAUCCCAUUCCACGGAUCAUUCAUCACACUCGAAGAACACUUCAUUUCAGCGAGGGUUCGCAAAGAAAACGAGAAAGAUGACUAUUCCGGCUUUCCUCAACACAUGGUCGACAAGUUACAAGAUCUAGGUGAUUCCAGAAUCAAGGCGCUUGAUAGUGGGGGUGUUGGUGUACAAGUCUUGUCGCAUGGGCCUCUAAAUGCAUCUUCGUCUGUAUGUGCACAAGUCAAUGAUGACUUAGCUCAAGCAAUUUCGAAAAAUCCCGCGCGACUAAAAGGAUUCGCAACAUUGCCAAUGAGCGAGCCAACGGCUGCAUCGAAAGAAUUGGCUCGUUGUGUAGAGAAGCUCGGCUUCGUCGGCGCCCUCGUCGAGAAUCAUUCGGAUGGCAAGUUCUACGAUGAUGAACAGUACUGGACGGUGUUCGAGAAAGCUCAAGAGCUCGAUGUUCCCAUUUACAUUCAUCCCACGUUUGCGUCGGAGGAUAUGAUGGACCAUUACAAAGGCAACUAUCCCACUCCGGUAGCAAUUGCCUUGAGUGCAUUUGGUUGGGGGUGGCAUGCCGACACUGGACUUCAUAUUCUGCGUCUCUACGCUGCUGGGCUCUUCGAUCGGUUCCCCAACUUGAAAAUCAUCAUCGGUCACAUGGGUGAAAUGCUUCCCUUUCAGUUGGAUAGAUGUAUUCGCAUCACGCAACAAAUGGGUAAGAAUAAAGGGCUGAGGGAAGUCUGGAAGGAGAAUAUCUGGGUCACUACCUCGGGAAUGUUUUCUUUGGGGCCUCUUGCUUGUUUGUUGCAGAGUACGGAGCCGGAUCAUGUUCUCUACAGUGUUGACUAUCCUUUCAGUAGUAACGAAACUGGGUCUGAUUUUCUGGGUGAAAUUCGAGCAAGCGGCUUGCUUGAUGAGAGCGGAUUUGAAGGUUUUGUGAAAGGAAAUGCGGAGAAACUGUUGAAAAUUAGGAUAAAAUGCGAUGGGCGGAACGACGGUCCUAAUGGCAGAUGCGGACCUUGUACUCUAAGGAACGAACCCGAGUGUACGUAUGGCGUAUCCAAGAGGAGGAGAACACAGCUUUAUACACCCAACUUUAGCGGGCUACAACAAGCUCAAGGCGAUGCUGCACCGAGCAUGUCUGGAUCUCUGGCCCCAGAUUCGAAUGGCACAACUACUCAUGCAAAUCGCUCUGGGCAGGGCUCUGUGUUCGAGCUCUCAACGGAGGUGUGUACGCGACUUUUUCAAGCAUACUUUGAGAGCAUCCAUCCGAUGUGGCCUCUGUUAUACAAACCUCUUUAUACCUCUCUCGAUUACACAUACCCCUCUCCAAACAUACCGGAGGCUUUGGUGCUGGCGAUAUUCUCUAUAGGAUCCUGUGUCGAUGGUGUACGAUAUCCAGAGACGGACGGAGGGAAUGGCUCUCGUCAAAGGGAACACUGCCCGGAACCCAAAGAAUUCUUUGAAGAGUCAUUUAACCUUCUCCAGCAAGGUGGCGAGCAUCUGUCCCGUAGUGCAAUACAUAUACUCACCCCAUCUAUCACCACUUGCCAAGUUCUUGUAAUUUUGGCCCUUCAGCAGCAUGGUGUUGCAGAGUAUGCCCGAGCGGCUAUAUUGUGCGGUCUAGCUUCUGCAAUGGCCAUUGAGUUGCACCUCCAUCGGGUUCAUGAGCAAAACGACCCUGUAGAGCGCGAAAUCAGAUCUCGACUUUGGUGGAACCUGUACAUUUUGGAGAAGAUGCUUUCCGGCGAGCAAGGUAGGCCUUUUAUUUUGAGAGCAGAAGAAAGUGACUGUCCUUUACCGUCUACUUCGGAAUCGGAUGAGUUUGAGCUCAUGACUAUGUCAUCGGGGGAAGAAUCUGGACAACGCCGAGCUAGCAUGUCUGUGAAACUUCGCACGAUAUCAGCACUUCAUACCACCAUUUCGCUUUCCAUCAUUAUCGAAGACCUGUACAAAUUGAUAUACGGUCUUGCCGCUCGGAAGUCCAUUCGAGAGAAUCCAGUCUCUGGCGACAGAAUUAGACUAGACCUGUGGGGUCGUUUAAUGCAGUGGGAGAGGGAUUUACCUCCUUCUCUGACCCUAGACCUCGAACAACUCAACUCCGUACCUGGUGUGAUCACUAAUGUCGUUAUAAUGCUUACCGAAGUCAUCAUGUGCCAUCGGCCGUUCAUACUACGAUGGACUCCCGGGAAAGAAGAGGAGAACCCAUUCACUAUCUGCCUUCAAGCUGCAUAUAGAAUGUGUGACAUCUUGGAAAAGUAUCUUGAACGAUCUACAUGGUGGCCGUGUGAUAUGGUCUUCAGUAUCUUCGUCGCAGCGAGCAUACUCUUGCACCAUUCCAAACAGAUGUCAGAAGAAGAUGGCGAACAAAGUCGAGACCGUUUGAAACUUUGUAUCCAUUGGCUUUCUGUUCUGGGCAAGAGUUGGAAAACCGCCGGAGCCAGGAAACAAUUGUUAAACGAUCUUUAUGAUUUACCACAAGUACUUCAUGAUCCAGCGACGAAUGUCUCAGUGCCUGGGGAAGUCAAAGCGGUGGCCAAAUCUGUGUCGCAUUCAGGCGCAGUUGGACACAUGACACCGCUCCCGCCUCCCUCAAAUACCGUAUCCACUAUAGCCUCUGCAGAAGAUUGGACUUUCCUGCGGGAUUUCGGUGAUCCAACAGACCAAUUCUAUGACUGGGACACAGAGCUGCGGAAUCUUCUCAACUCUAAUCUACAGAAUGACUUGACUGGAUACAUCUUUCCUUAG